AUGGGAGAUAAGAUGGGAAGUUUCUCAAAGAACCUUAACAAAACACUUCUUCCUUCUUGUGUCCCACGCUUGUUCUUGUUCUUUUUUCCUCCAGGAGGGCCGGGUAAAGGUGGCGGAGAAGACCCCGCCAAGUCCACUGAGCAGCAGGAGGACCGGACUCGACCUCAGAUCCUGUCGGGAUCGGGCUUCUGCAAGUGGUUCAACGUCCGGAUGGGCUUUGGAUUUAUCUCAAUGACCAACAGCGAAGGGAGCCCCGUCGACCCGCCUCUGGAUGUUUUCGUCCACCAAAGCAAACUGGUGAUGGAGGGUUUCCGCAGCUUAAAGGAGGGUGAGCAGGUGGAGUUCACCUACAAGAAGUCCUCUAAGGGCCUGGAGUCCCUGCGGGUGACCGGACCUGGUGGGGGACCCUGUGCAGGCAGUGAGAGGAGACCCAAAGGGAAGGUCCCACUCCAGAAACGCAAACCAAAAGGAGACCGCUGUUAUAACUGUGGAGGUCUGGAUCACCAUGCCAAGGAGUGUGGCCUGCCCCCCCAGCCAAAGAAAUGCCACUACUGCCAGAGCAUCACGCACAUGGUGGCUCAGUGUCCCCACAAGGCACUGUCGCCCGCCUCAGGCUCUCAGGACCAACAUGCGUCUACCUCGGCCUCCAGCCCAGGGACCGGGCCCUACCUCUGCCUUCCGGAGGAGGAGGAGCGCUCCGGCUUGUCUCCCCUGGAGGGCCCCUCCUCUUCCCCCGAGGAGCCCCACACACACCGCGGCUCCCGGACCCAAAGGUGGAGGAAAUCCUGAAAAUAGUCCAUAGAGUUAACCUCUGACCCUCAUGUCUCCCCUCAAUCAAGGUUACCUGAAGCCCCCCUCAUCUACCUCACAGCUGUGAAAAAAAUGGGAGGUCUUUAUUUCUUUACUUUAAUUUUAUUUGUUUUUUUAUUUUUAUUUUUCUAACCAGCGCAGCUAUGGCAACGAUCAACGGGGUACGGACGUGCGUCAAUGUGUGCGACUGACUUGCAGUCAUCUGGUGCAGCUAUGGCAACCACCGCUGGAAUGGUGACUGCAGGGAAAGACUGUUUUUCUUGUUUCAAUCUGUGCAGCUCGAGUGAAACAACGUGGUAUGAGUCUAGGCUUGAUGAUAGUUGUUUUUUUUUUUUUCCAUUUUGUUCCCCUUGGACCUAAGUGUUGGCAAUUUUGAAUGCUUUUUGCUCUACAUGUGUUGCCGAUUUAAAGCCACAAAUUUAUAUCCUGUAGGCCUAAUCAUUCCGAGAAAUCAUGAUGCAUCCUUUUAGCACACGCGGUAGCUCAUCUUAAGAAGGAUUAGAAGAAGACUUUUAAAAGCUCGAGACCCUCUAAAGCGAUAAUCCAGACCCAUAGGACUUUUAGCCUGGCUUCUAAAGAUCUUUAGGGAAACUUUAUGGAUUCCAGAGGGAAUAUUAAAAAAAAAAAAAAAACCCGGUGAGCGAGCUGCUAGAGUACACUCAAUACAUACCUCUUACAUGAAAUAGACUAGACCAACUGAUUGUCAAAGUGCGAGCGUGUGCAAGACCGAGAGGAAAUGUGUGCUUGUAUUGUGUGUGUUGUGCAUGCUCCGAAAGAAAAGCAAAACUGUCUGACUGGAGCACCUCUUCUUGAGGUGUGAGUCAACACUAUGAACCCCUUCUGAUUCCCUUUAUCAUAGAUAGACACAUCUUAUAUAAGACACCAUAUUAUCCAUCUAGAUCAUAGCUUAGAAUCAAAGUAAUGAAUCGAUCAUUAGACUUCCGUUUUGGUUGUUGCAUAAUUAGUUUGAAAAUAGCAUUACAGUUUAUAAAUCAUAGUAUAAGUCAUUAAUAUAUAUGUAAAGUCACGAGAUAUAAUUGAAAUUCUAUUAACUUUAAUGCAUAUAUAAGGAUUUAGCACUGACAUAGGUGCACAGCCCUGUAUAUUGCAUGGGAUACUUUCCUGAUGUGUGAAAACUCUCUCUCUAUUUAACCGUUUUCAUUCACUGCAAAUCAAAACGGACUUUUUGAGAUAAUUUACUCCAUGCCUUCUCUUAUCCAUUAGUUCAAAUACUAAUUCCAAUCACCACUGACACAGCACAAAGACUCACCAUGUUAAUAAACGUGUAGUCUCAGACCAUUACAGUAUCAUUAUAGCUGUUUUACCUACUUAAUACCUCACUAAUUCUUCCUUUUUGGAAAUGAAUGUCAAGCUGUUUGCUCUCCCAGCUGUGUUACAGUAAGAUCGAACCACCUGUUCCUCUUCCAUCUGUGCCUACCAUUUGUUAGCCAGCACCAGCUAGGUAAUGCUCACUCCUCUAUGGGAUGAGAUGACAUCACUGCUGCUGCUGUUUCAGUCUCACUGAAAAGGGAGAGAGAGAGAGAGAUAGAGAGAGAGAUAAAGAGUGCUGCUUUUGGUAUAACUUGAAUCACAAGCAUGGCUUUAGUGGCACUUAUUUGUGACCUAACAACUCUUCUCUGACGAUACUGAAUGUGAAAAGAGCUUAUCUGAAGUCGACUCCUCACAAAAUUCAAGUUGGGUCGCUUUGGAGUUGUAUCUUAAUGUUCUGACAAAUCAAAUAACUUUGUAUGAUUAUAUCAAACUAGCCUGUGUGUUUUUAAAAGCUCUAAGUAGACAACCAACUUUUUUGGGUAUAUUUCUAUACCAAAGAGUUUGGCUUUAUUUUUUCGAAGGCAUUUAAAGUUAAGACUUGCUGAAGUGCUUGCUAUCCUUGCUCUUUCAGAAUAAGAAGGACUUAUUGCUGAAAGCGCAACAGAGCGUUUUUUUUUUUGUUUAUUUUUGUUUGUUUGUUUGUUUUAAUGUACAGCUUUUUGAAUGUGUGCGUGAGUUCAAAAUCAAAUCUCAACAAUGCAGCAUGACAGGAAAAAAAAAAGUGAAUGACCAAACCACAGAAGGAGCACAGCCCAUGCUCAGAUCUCUAUGGAAACAUCUUUUUGUAUGACGUAUUUUUACAUUUUUACACACAAUUCCUCUCAGGAUGAUGAACUGUUCUCAGGGAAUUAACCAAAAAAAAGUGUAUUUUAUUCUUUUGGGAAUCAUCCACUGACUGACUCAACAAACUCUGUAAAGCAAUGGUGAAGAGACAUGUGUAACCAAUUCAUGUACUGAUAUUAGCAACUACCUCUUGAGUUAUACAUAGUUGUGCAUUUCUUUUCGUUUGUAUAUUUUUUGAUGAGCUUGUAUGAUCAACUUUAGGUCUCUAUUAUACUGAGGUGUUGUCAGAAGUUCCCUAGUGUUGCCACAGACUUCCUGGUCUUCCUUCCCAAAUUUAAUGAGUUACUUAUUUCUUUUACUGCAAACUUUAUUUUCCUUUUUUUUUUUGUUUACAGCAAAAGCCUACCUCAUAUGCGCUGUUCCUCCACAAACUCCUUACCUCCUCCCAGGCCCUCUACCUCCUCCAUGCAGUUGUUUGUUUAUUAAAUUGCCACUUGUCGCACUAGAGUCACACAGCAUUUUCAACAAAUCAGCCCUGAAGUGGCUCGUCACUUGUGACUCCAAAUAUAUCUUACAAUCAAAAGCCCUUUUUGAAGGUUUUACACAAGUUUUCACAAAGAGCAUGUUUGUCUCACACAUCCAGGGUGACCUUUUUUCUGCCAGCUCUGUGUCUGUAUACACUCAUUACUUAGCUGCAGACAGCCAGUGAGUUUACCUCAGUUUGUUGGGCUCGCUAUAGACAUGUUAAAUAUUAAAUAUUUUACAGUUGGUCUGAACACAUUUUGAAAGUACGUGGACUGUUGUUUUCAGUUUGUAAGUAUUUUAUCAUAACCAUUUUUUGUAACCACUUGACACAAUUGGCUUACGGUGGAGAAAAAUAGAAUUAUACUCGGACAAGGAGUGCCUAUUUCUAUGUUACAUCUGUCUGACCUACUACCAAAUGACAUUAUUUUCUUUUUGGGCUCCAUGCUAAUGGCCUUUGUCAGCCAUUUUUACAGCUUCAGAUAAUCAGAAGUUGUGCGGUUUGGAGAUGAUGCCCCUUGUUGUUCGUAAACUACAUUUAUAGUUUAGAGCGGCACUGUUAACAGUUAACAUGAAAUCAGUAGCUUUUGUACUAAUGGUGACAUUGCAUAGAUGACAUUCUUAAAAAAAUGUUUUAUGAAGAUGAAUAUUGUUAUCAGUACUUUUAAACAAUUAACUCAUGAGAUUAAAAAUAGAUUUUGCAUAUGACUGCAGUAUUACAGUUCAACCUCAACUGAGAGGAUCACUAUGUUGCAGUAGGCCGACAUAUGGAACUAAAAGUUACCAACAAAUUACACAACUGUGGGAAAACAUAGCGGUUUUAUUAUUGUUAGCUUUAUAUUUUCUUCCAAUCAAUGUAACUACUGAUUGAUCUCUUGUUUAUUGUUCAGUAUUUCACACAGCCAAGAAACCCUUGUAUAUGAGAGACAAAUCCCCCGAAGGCACUAAUAAUCAAAUGGUUACCAUAAAGGUUUGUUAAGGCUACAUAUAGGAUAACAAAUUGGUAGAAUGGCAUAAUUAACACUUUUCCACUUGAGCUUUGCAUCAUGUAAGCAUGAAACAAAGCAAGAAAAGAGUCUAAUCUAUGUGAUCAUAUGAAAUUUAGCAGAAAGUUCUACUCCACACCAAACAUUUGUGAUCCUGAAUGUACCACUUGUGUCUCAGCAAAGGGCUCAGGCCUAGAAAAGGGAACAUCCUAUUACCAAAUCCAAUUUACUGCAAGGACAAUAAGCGUUGAGAAAAGUGACAACACAUUUGACAGAUCCCAAUCCAAAUUUAAUUUAAAAUAUACCAAUCUGAGAGUCAAUGCUGGUGCGUUUCUGAGCCAGUGCACCCCGCAGUGUUGGUAAUGAAGAAAUGAAAUAUCUCAUAAAGAGGGAUUGACAUGCAACACAUUAUGCGUUGUUCAAAGAAGACUGUGCCACUCAUAUCAUGCAAACAAAGAUUGUCACAUUUAUUUGGGAUAAAUAUGAAUCUUUCUUCUUGCGUUUUAUCCUACAUUUCACUGUAAAGGAUUCCGUUGAACUGUAAGAGCUGAAAGGUUAAUUCAAGCUUAGUAUUUGUCUGGUUUGGUGUUUGGUGUUUUUGCCUAGUGUCUAAAAGCUCUUUGUUUUAAAAAUUGAUCUCAUGUACUGUGAAAACCAUACAUCUUAAAAUGAUUGAUAGAGCAUCCCUGUCUGAAAUUAGUUGAUCAGCAUUUUGGGAAAUCUCUGAUUUGGAUUUGGUGGAGUUAACCAGCUAACUCGACGGGAACAUGGAUAUAUGAGGCUAGUCUGAACAUAAGUAUUCAGCUAGCAACCGGAUAGCUUAGCUAAGCAAAAGAGAAAAAAAUACUGUACAAAUAUAUGUGAGGUUCUUAAAAUAUGUCACAUUGUUGGUAAACUGGUGAAUAUCUGUUUAAUGAGCGUUAGAAGUGCUGCUAAUAAAAUUUCAUUACAUUUUCACAUAACCAGGACAGCCCAACUAAGCUAAGCUAAUUGCCUGCUAUCCUGAGGACGGCUACAGUUCUAAUGUAACAUUACAGGGCAUAGUGGGGUUACAGGGGUGACCUUAAAGAUAUUUAAUGAUUUAAUGAUGACGAUUGGCACAAUCCUCACUUUUUUUAAUUAACCACAUAGAUAUCAAAAAUAUUGUCUCGCUGCACGAUAAGAAAAUAUCUAAUCUGUUUUCCAAGAUUCACUACGUAUCCAUACCAAAAUGAAAAUGGCACACAGGCCAUGUGGAAACUAAUCUUAAAAGAAUCUAUUAUUAAAUAAGUCCUCACUAAGAUGUUUUGGAAAAGAAGAGGUUUUGGAAACACCUUCAGAAAGGCAACAAGUGUCCCCCGGUGUUUGUCCAACAUAGCUAUUCAUCUAUCUCUUCCAAAUACUACUGUUUACCUAUAUUUUUACAGUAUACACUAUGCUACAGUUCAUUACACUGAGUUGGUAUUUGUGCUAAGCUAAAUUAACCUGCUCCGAGCACGUUCACAUAUGUUUCCCAAAAUGAAAUGACCUCUGCUUUCAGCCUAGUUGCUUUGUAUUUGUCAAAAAACAAAAAUAUCAAUUGAACUUGCUGGUUUAUGAGCUUUUUCCUCAAAUCUUUAAGGAUGAAAUUUAUUAUCACUAAAUUUGGAGUUGCUAGGUUUUUAUUAUUAAAGCACUUUGAUGCUAAUUCAGUUUGAAUACAAUAACUUAACACAAUACAACUGGAGAAACGUGUAUUUGUAGCCAAAUUUAUAUAUAUAUCUUUUGAUGCCUAACAAUUAAUAAAUUUGCUAUUAUGAAACCAUACAUGUGAGAGAAAAAGACUGAUCUCAAAACCAAGAAUUAUAUGAGUCACACUUUCAUAUGACAAAUACGAAAAGCUGAAUUAUCCUUCAUAAUGAAUGAAAAGGUGGGAUGUAGUAUGCCAUGAUCCUAGGCAGGGAAACCUCAGCGGUCGGCCUCCUUCAUGUAGUUGUUGAGACGACUGGGGACAGACUGAAGUUCACAUACCUCAACUGCUGCCACUGACAGCAGCUCUGUGCUUUGCCUUGACUGGAGAAACAAUGUACUGUAGUGGAUGAUCAUUUAUGAUGUUUUUUUUUGUUUGUUUUUUUAAAAACUGAACUGUAUCAUGUCGGAUCCAUGUUGUGUUUGUGUACAUGAAGUCAUACUGGAACAUUGGACCUCUUAGGGACCUAUAAAUCCAACCAAGGCAGUUGAAAGUGCAGAUACCUUCCUGUAUUGAUGAUCAACCUCACAUUUCCCCCACCCCCCAUGUUUGUUUAUAUUUUUACUCUACAUUAUGGCCAGAGGGAAUCUUCUGUGCUGUCUUUCUCUGGAGUACAUCCAGAGCCAAGCACUGAUUGCUUUUGAAUGGGGGUAAAAUGUUGACCUAUGUGCAUAUCACUCAUUAUUUUAGCCCCAAUAUAAGUGUACUGCCUUUUUUAUUUCUGUGAAUCUUGGACUGGAUUUUUAAAUGUCUUAAAUGUUUCACUUGAUUGGAAAAUAAGCCUAUUAUACUGGCAUUAAAGUAUGUAUAAUUACUAGAUACUGAA